AUGAAUUACUCGAUGAAAUGUUGGUCGGAAAGACAUCAAGUGCUUUUUGGAUCGACACUCGAAAUGAUCCUCUUCACGUUAUUUUUUCCACCAAUUUGCCUUCUUGGCAUUGUCGGCAACACGCUAAAUUUAAUGGUAUUACUCGGCGCUGAAAUGAGAUCAAGGGCUAAUUCAUUACUGGCUUGUCUUGCGUUUUGUGAUAUCGUCUUCUUGAUUUUGAUGAUACCACACUCGAUGGCCAAUUUCAACGUUUUCGCUCUGAAUUACUCAUUUCGAUGGUAUUAUUUGAGCGCUAAAAUGCAUCUCAUAACAUUCGCUAACUGGAGUUCUGCAGUCGCCAUUUGGCUAGUUGUUGCGGUAUGCGUCGAGCGCGUGAUGGGGAUACGUCAUCCAUUCCACACGCGUGGUCACUGGUCACGUUAUUGCAUGGCAGCAUUAGUGGUGAGCAUAGUUGUGAUCGCUGGCAUACUCACAUCCUAUAAUCACUUCUCGCAUGUCUGUAUUGUGCAAGAGUUCUGCAAUCAAACUCAAGUGAUGGCGAAAUGUUUUGACGUUACGCUCGAUACGAAUGCUAAUGAAACUGCACUUAAUUCAGCACUAAAUGCCGCACUGAUUGUGUUCUUAAAACAAAGAUCCGUUAUGCUUUAUCAAAGUAUUUCGGAUUCAUCCAAAAAGGAGGUGAAGAACGAACAAGGCGCGUCACUGUUUCGUCGCAGCAUUGAUCAGGUGUUAUUUUGCUUCGCAACAAGACAGAGAACAGAACAGCGCAUCGCAAUAACGGUAGUUGCUAUCGUGACGUGCUUCACCAUUACUCAGGGACCAUCAGCUGUCGUCUUAUCGAUAAAUACGUUCUCAUCGACACGAACAGUUGAGGCACUCACCGGAUUGAAUUGGUAUCAACUGCAGACAGUAACAGCUUUUCUUGUUAUCGUUGGUAAAACACUCAAUUUCAUACUUUUCUGUCUGAGCAGUGCAAAUUUCCGACGACGACUGAUGUGUAUAUUGCGGAAUAAACUGAAAGCAGUUCAGAAGACCAGAACAUCGACUAUCAAUGGUACUCUAUUCAUUUUGCUCUAA